AUGUCAUCUAUAAGAAGAAAGAAAACAGUGCUAGGAUAUGCCGGUGUUUAUUAUCUUUACAUGAACAUGUUGAAAGCCCGAACUCCGAGAUCAGUAUGGAUGAAAAAUUGGAUGUCGGAUAAAACCAAAUUCGGGCACUUACCAUUACUCCAAGAACUAAGAACUAAUAAUCCAGAAGACUUCAUAAACUAUUUGAGGAUUGAUGGUACUACAUUUGAUCACUUACUGAGUUUAAUUGGGCCACUUAUACAAAAAGAAGAUACUGUUAUGAGGGAAUGCAUACCACCAGAACAACGAUUAUUAGCAACUCUAACGUAUCUUGCCUCUGGUAUGUCGUACCAGAGAUUAAAAUUUUCAACUGCUAUUUCUGCACCCAGCCUUUGUGAAAUUAUACCAGAAACUUGUGCUGCACUGUAUCAAGUAUUAAAAAAGGAUUAUUUAACUGUAAGUAAUAUAUUAUAA